GGCGGAAAAGCCCGAACCCGGCAGCCGGAAAGCCCCGAAGCGCCUUCGCUUGCUUGAGCGGCUUCCGAAGCCUCCCGAUCAUUGAUUUUCCGGAAGCAACCGAGCGCCUUCCCCCCCUCCGCCGUCUCCGGAGGUUGCCGAGCGCGUCCCGGGAAGGGCUGAGCGCCCGUGUAGCCUCCUCCCCCGCCCCUCAAGGGAGGGCGAAGGCUUCCGGAGACUGCCGAGCGGCGUCCGAGCGUGCGAAGGGACGCGGCGGCGUCGGGCCUGGUCGUUUUCGGGCGGAAAGGAAGGAAGAAAGGGAGGAAAGCGAGAGGUAUGGAGACCAGAAAGCUAAUUACCGCAACAGACAACCAGUACUCUGGUAUGCUCUUAAAGGCCUUGGACGAGCAGCGUGGCCAUGGACUUUUCUGUGACGUCACCGUCAUUGUGGAGGACCGGAAAUUCCGAGCCCACCGAAACGUCCUCUCGGCCUCAAGCACUUACUUCCAGCAGCUCUUCUCGGUGGCCGGGCAAGUGGUGGAGCUGAACUUUGUCAGGGCGGAGAUUUUUGCGGAGAUCCUCAACUACAUCUACAGCUCCAAAAUAGUCCGAGUGAGGUCGGACUUGCUUGAUGAGUUGAUCAAAUCGGGGCAGCUGCUGGGGGUCAAGUUUCUGGCCGACCUGGGGGCCCCUCUGCAGCAGGUGAAGAACAUGUCCGGCGGGAUGGGGCCCGGCGCUUCGGACAUCCCCAACCCGGAUGCAAACAGCCUCGAAGCGCAGAACCCUCCGGCCCAGCCCAAGACGCGGAAUCUCAUCGAUGAGAGACCGGUGAUAAUGGAGACGUUUUCUCUGUGCGACAAGGAGUGCGACAACACGAAAAUCACCAUUAGCGAUUCCGACGAUGAUGACGACGACGUCAUUUUCUGUUCGGAGCUCGUGGCACCAAAGGAGCCCAAAGCGGCGACCCCAGGCCAGGCUUGCUCAAGCUCAGUGGGGGCCUCUGAGCAAACAAAUUGUAGCAACAACACCUCUCCUCAAUCUGUUGCGGCUUCGAGGCUGGACUCCUCCGCCGUUCAGCCAAACCCAAGCGAAAGCCAAGCACCGGCUGAACCGUCUGCGCCUUCUGCUCCGAAGGCAGCAGCUCCUAACAUCCUGACAUCGCCGGAUGUUAGUUCGUCGCACGAAAUAGAGGUGUCUCCUAUCCCUGAGGAGAAUCAGCCGCCGUGCCACAAUGAUUCUUUGACAGACAUGGAAACCAACGCCGUUGACGAGGAGGAAGAUGAGGACGAGGAUGUGGAAGAUGACGACGACAUCCUUGGCGCGUCCAGCCCGGGCUCGGCGAGCAGUAGCUCCUUGGUCCAGCAGCCCACUACUCCCAAGCCUACUAUUGCUGCUGCUGCUACUACUAGUACUACUACUGAUGUUACUACUGCUGCUGUUGUGUCUACGACCGAGAACACGGGGCUUCAGAAGACGCAAGCGACCUCCCUCCUGCAGAAGCCGGUCCCACAAUCGAACGAGUUCAACAUAAAGAUUUCGAACGUUAUUUCUGCGAGUAAAAAGGAGGCUCCGCCGGGCGUUGGACCGAAGCACAUAACCGAAGGCCAGAAGACGAUCACUUUGGACACAGCCACGGAGAUUGACAGCUUGUCGACGGGUUGCAAGGUGUACGCGAACAUCGGCGAAGACACCUACGACGUGGUCAUUCCGGUGAAGGACGAGGCCGACGGGGAGGUCCGGCUGGACGACGUGCCCAGGACGUCGGGGGACGAUGCCACCGACAGGAAGCGGCUGAAGGUCAAGCACGACGACCAUUAUGAACUCAUCAUGGACGGGAAAGUUUAUUAUAUCUGUAUCGUGUGCAGGAGGUCCUACGUUUGCCUGACCAGUUUGCGGAGACAUUUUAACGUCCACUCCUGGGAGAAGAAAUACCCCUGCCGCUACUGCGAGAAGGUUUUCCCUCUCGCCGAGUACCGCACCAAGCACGAGAUCCACCACACCGGGGAGAGAAGGUACCAGUGCUUGGCGUGCGGUCAGUGCUUCAUCAACUAUCAGGUCAUGGCGACACACCUGCGGUCCGUGCACAGCCAGGAUCCUUCCGGGGAGUCCAAGCACUAUCGCCUGCACCCGUGUCGCUCUCUGCAGAUCCGAAAUUACGCAUAUAUUUCAGGUAGUUCUAGCAAUAAUAUUCCGAUGGCGAAUGACAAUGCUCUCGUUUAUCCCGUUGCUCCUGCAAAAGAUGCUUCUUCUCAGGAACCGGCCCCGAACCCUCCGACAAAGCCAAUGACAUGGGAUGAUAUCUUUGUUCCGCAGGGGAACGAAUCCCUCUUUAAACAAAACCCAUCCGACGGCAGUACUGAGUUUGAGUUUGUGAUACCCGAAUCUUAUUGAAACGAUCAGAAAUGGAAAUGUGUCUUUUUAAAAUAUACAUAAAAAAGCAAAGUUAAAAAAAAAUAUCCCCACAACUCCUUAAAUGGGCUGCUCGGAAAAAAAAGUUGUAGAACAUCUCAUGUUAUGUAACAAAGUCUGUGUGUUUUAUACCUAGCCAGCAAAAAGGUAGUGUUUUAAAAGUAGAAUACCUGUGAUGUUUUGGGUGACCUUGUGAAAGAUGCUUGGACGGAAGGGAAACACCUUUAUUUGAGUACAGGCAAAGUUGUUUAGGAAAUUACACACUCGGAGCACUUAGCUCAUCGGUAUCAAUCCGGAUCUGGAACGUUUUUGUUUGGAAAAGCAUUGUUUCUUCCCAACCACAACAAAAUGUAGAAUAAUGGGAAUAUUGCCACCUGAAACACUUACUAUGUAUUCCCUUCUUUCAUAUUAGCACUUUAAAGCAGAAAGUCCUUUCAUCAUUAAGGCUUGAGACUGCAAAAGGGCAGUCGGGAUAGGUUUUUAAAAAAUAUAAAUCAAUACGGUAUUUGGGUUGCUGUGAAUUUUCCGGGCUGUAUGGCCAUGUUCCAGAAGCAUUCUUUCCAGACGUUUCACCCACAUCUAUGGUAGGCAUCUUCAGAGAUUGUGGGGUCUGUUGGAAACUAGGCAAGAGGGGUUUAUUAUAUAUCUGUGGGAGAAAGUUGCAAUUAGUCACCUUGAUUAGCAUUGGAUAGCCUUGCAGCUGCAAGCCUGGCUGCUUCCUACUUGGGGAAAUCCUUUGUUAGCUGGUCCUGAUUGUUUCCUGUCUGGAAUUCCCCUGUUUUCAGAGUGUUGUUCUUUAUUUACUGACCUGAUUUUAGUUUUUAAAAAAAAUACUGGUAGCCAGAUUUUGUUCAUUUUCAUGGUUUCCUCCUUAAUGUUGAAAUUGUGGAUUUCAAUGGAAUAUGAAACAAUCAGGGCCAGCUAACAGCAACAGAGGAUUCCCCCAGGCUGGAAGCAGCCAGGUCUUGAAGCUGCAAGGCAUUUCAAUGCCAAUCAGAGUGAUUAAUUGCAACAUUCACACCUGCCUCGAACAGACAAGAGUUCUUUCUCCCACCCUGGACAUUAUUCCAGAUAUAUAAAUUCCACUUGCCUAGUUUCCAAUAUACCUCUGAGGUUGCCUGCCAUAGAAACAUCAGGAGAGAAUGCUUCUGGAACAAGGCCAUACAGCUCAGAAAACUCACAGCAACCCAGUGAUUCUGGCCACGAAAGCCUUCGACAACACAAUAAGGUAGCUUAGCUCAGUGCGGGUCCAACAGUCUUAUUCACAAAUCCCAUUAUUUUUUGGGGAACGCACCCUAAUUCCAUUUUUUUCUGCCUAAAAACACUCAAGGUGAAUGUGAGCCAUCCUGGGGAAGAAGUGAGAUCCUCUGAAUGGGGGGAACUCGGAAGUUUUAUUUAUAUUUGGUCUUGAAAUUUAUCCGGUGGCUGGACCAUCUUUUGACGUUCUGUCAGUCGAAAGUCCAAGUGAUGCUGAUGGAAGAACAACCUUUUGUUUUUUCUGAUACUGAGGAAUUAUGUUGGACCUUCUUUUCUACUGAAAAUACCUUGAUGUCUUGGAUUAAGUAGCUGUUUUGCCUUUUUUUUCUUGUUGCUUCUUAUGGGGAAAAGUGGUGACAGAUAGAGUUGUGCAGGUUCUUAAGGACAUAGAAGCUGCUUCAGAAAUGAUGUUUUUGGUUUCAGAACCUAUUUCAGGAAUCAAGUUCACACACUUGAACAUCUUUUGGUCAGUUUAUGGCAUCCACAUUUCAUUCCUUCGGUGGUCUGCUUCCCUUGCAGAUUGAUACACAUGUUAUAUAAUGUUUGGGUAAAAGCACGAGCAAGAAAUACUCACCCUGAACAUUCAAUUAUCAUGUAGUCUUGUUGCUUUGUCAAGUAUUCCCAAUUGUGUAAGUUAUAAUACAGGGAAUAUUGAAGCAAACCCUCUAAGGACUCUCACGAUUAGAUCACAUCAGUGGCAUGUAAUUACAUUUUUUCCCCAUAUUUUGGGAAUAUUUUUAGUUUUCAUUGCUGUUUUCCCAAGUAAGCCUCUGUUUCAUAUUGAAAAGAAUAAUCCCUGGACCUUUUUAAAAGUCAGUUCAAAAGUCAAUGUUUUGUUGGAGUAAACGACUGAUCUGUAUCAAGCCGUGGGAAUCAGUGCGUGUAAUAACAAGACGAAGAAAAAUGACGUGAUGUUGAUGUAAAACACAGCUCUUCUUGUUCUUUAGGCCGAGACUAAACUUGUUUAGAGGUGGAGUUUAUGAAAGUAGUUUUGUAAACCAUGUUUUGAAACGGGCACUUCGUAUUUAAGUGCAUGGUUGGUGAUUUUAUUUUGGUCAUGCAGUCGGGUACAAGAGGCAUCCUUCACUCACGUUUUAGGAGUUUGGAUCUUUACAAAAAGAACAUUGGAUUGAAAAAGCUGCUUUGUGCACAAUGGAAACUUGCCUCUUAUUGUGAUCCGUGAUACCUUUUGAGAUGUUAAACCAGUGCCUAUUGAGACUGAAUAUUGCAAAGGAAGGCUGGAAGAUUAGGGUUCGGAGCGGUGCAGUUUUGCACUUCCCAUUCCUCUCAGGUUCCUCGUUUUGCUGAGGAAGAUAGCUUCCCAUAUCCAAAGUUGGAAGAGUUCAUAUAAAGUGCAUGUUUUUAUGUUUUCAUGAAAUCCUUGCUUCCAAAAUAUUCUGGGGCUGGAAAGAAGCUGGGUCCCCUUUGCAUCCCGCCAUUGCAAACCCAUUGCGUGCUGUUCCUUUUUAUUAUGAGGAUUUCUCCAAACCAUAAUAAUGUCAAGCUCACCUUUCCAUAGAUAUGAAAAUAUUGCCUCCUGGAAGACCAUAUUCUCAGGAUGCUGCUCUGACUAAAAUGUACUUUGGAGAGAAAUGUUGCUUAUUGCAAUUUUUGCAAAUUUGCACCAACCCAGAACUCAAGUGUGUUCUGCAGCGUUCGUUUUGGUAUCCAUUGCAGUCCUUCCACCUGGAAGAACUUCUUUCCUGCUUGUAAUGCUCUUUUUUUGUGCUGGUUUCCUUCAUAUUGGGAGAGAAAAGCCUCUUUUGCGACUGCAGACUAAAGGGAUUACAGUCCAGAAUGGUCUCACUUCAUAUUGUAUCACGUUUGCAAACAGCGCUUAUAGUCCUAAAGCCAACGUCUUGGGGAAGGAGUCUUGUUCAACUUCUCUUUAAUUCCUUUCUUUUUAAAGAAUUCACAUCACGGCAUUCCAUUGUAUGGCUAUAAAACACAACAAAACCCCGAUGCAUUGCGUAUUUAUUUCCUAUCGAAGCAUAUUAACAAAAAAGAUGCAAAGGUGGUUUUGUAGCUCAGUGGGUUUUACUGAGCUGUAUUUUUUUGGAGGAGGAGGAGGAAAAAGAAAUCCAAACAGUACUGUAAUGUAUAUAUAUAUAACUUGUACAGUCUUUUCCUUAACCUACGUUUUUGGGAAUUGUGUUUCCUUUUAACUAAUACUUGACCUAUAGUUCUUAGAGCUUUGUAUGGCGAAAAUAAAACAAGCUUUUAAUUCUACCAAAGUGACGUUGGUUAUUUUGAGAAACAAAUGGUGCCUCUUCUGCUUGGGAUUUUAUCAGAUAUGGAUCUGGCUUAUAGUCUUGCACAUAUGCAUCUUCUGCCUUCUGUAAAGAGGCAAUUACUCUGAGUGGUAAACAAGACUCUGUUCUAAUAUGUAUACGCAUUGAAGCGUAUAGGGGUGAUUGCGUGGUGCUAAGACACCCAAGCCUUGGAACAAUUUUUUUAAAAGUAACUUGCAGCAUUUUUGUCAUAGUUCUUACUGUUUGCUUUCUGUGCUUCUUGUUUAUUCUUAAAAUGAAAAGCACACGUCUUUGUUUUAGAUAGAUUAGGAAUCAUUUGAUUUUCUCUGCAAUAGGCAGUAAGAGCACCUAAAGCUUCAGAGAGCUUCUGGGCGGUGAUGGCAUGAUCAUCAGCAUAGAUGAAACUCUCUGUACCUUCUAGUAAUAGGCAGUAAGAGCACCCAAAGCUUCAGAGAGCUUCUGGGCAGUGAUGGCAUGAUCAUCAGCAUAGAUGAAACUCUCUGUACCUUCUAGUAAUAGGCAGUAAGAGCACCCAAAGCUUCAGAGAGCUUCUGUUUAACCGUUUCAAAGGCCUGUGCUUGAGCGGUGAUGGCACAAUCAUCAGCAUACACCUGUUCUUAAUAAGGAAAGCAUACCUCUGCAUUUUAGAUGGGUGAGGAAUCAGCUCGUUUUCCUUGUAAUAGGCAGUAAGAGCACCUCAAGCUUCAGAGAGCUUCUGUUCAGCCAUUUCAAAGCUCUGCUUGGGCGUGAUGGCAUGAUCGUCAGCAUAGAUCUGUUCUUAAGAAGGAAAGCAUAUGUCUGUUUUAGAUGGAUUAGGAAUCGGCUGGUUUUCCCUGUAAUAGGUAGUAAGAGCACCUAAAGCUUCAGAGAGCUUCUGUUCAACCUUUUCAAAGCUCCCUACUUGGGUGGUGAUGGCAUGACCGUCAGCGUAGAUGAAAUUCUCUGUACCUUCUGGCAGUGGCUGAUCAUUUGUGUAAAUGUUAAAUGUUGAUGGAAUAAGCACACUCCCCUGAGGCAGGCUGUUCUGUUUUCGCCAUCUGCUUUUCUGACCCUGGAACUCAACAAAAAAGCUGCUUUGCAGCAGAUUUCCUAUGAAGCAGAUGAAAUGGGUGAAUUGUGAGUAUUUUAACACAGAGAUGCAAACUGAUUACACAAACCUUUGGGGGUGAUUGCGCCGUGCCCAGAAACCCAAGCCUCUGAACAAAAUCGUCACCGCUUUUAUUUUGAUUUUAUAAAUUAUAUCCAGAAGGUGCGUGAAUUGUACGUAUAUAUUACAUUCCCAGCAGAAAUGGAUUUCAGGAUGGAUACAGUGCAUAUGACUCUUAUUUACAUGUAGAAUUCAUCGAUAUACGCCUACCGAGUCGCGGUCCCUGAGACUAUUGGGAGGCCGGGCUAUCAUUUGGGAAGAAAAAACACGGAACGGAUUCCUAUGUCUUAUAUGUAAGAGAAUUAAAAGCCAUGAAAGGAUAAUACAACGUCGGAAAUGAAGAAGAAUUUUAACCAAUAUAACCUUAACCAGUAUAUUAAUGGGAAGUGUGGGCUUGCUUUUGGCUGAUGAGAGAGUCAAGUUAAUUCUCUCUCUCUCUUUGCUAUGUGAAUGGCUGUGGCAUGAGUGGAGCAUAAUAAUAAUAAUAAUGGAGUGAAUGGUGAGAACUGGGAAAAAGCCUUGACAGGCCGGAUGUGGCCCAUAGACCUUAGUCUGAGGAUAUUUCUUAUAGAUUAUGAACCACAGCUCUCCUGACGAUUGGCUAUGCUGACUCUGAUAGCUGGGAGUUGCAGUUCAUUAAGAUCCCACUCUUGUCCUCAGGGCCGGCCCAAGGUAACUUUCAAGUGUAGGCGAACAGAAUUUUGGCCCCCCCCCCCCAAACCAAUCACUGAAAAAUAAAA